UUUCUUGUCUUUGUUUUUGGGGGAAAUCUUUCAAAUAGCUGAAAAUAGCUGAAAAUACACCAAAGAUCAGGUUGACAUUUAAUUUAGAUUAAAUCAUGGAAGAAUAUGUUUUUUUCUUGCUUGCAGGAGUUCUCAUCACCAACAAAAUACGCAAGGCCUGGAAGAGAUGGAGCAGCAAUACGUGACGACUGUAGAAAAGAUCAGAGGAGACAUGCUGCGUUACCUCCAGGAGAGUCAAGAGCGAGCAGCAGAGAUGAUCCGCGUGGAGGUGCAGAGGGAGAGGCAGGACACCGCCAGGAGGAUGCGGCGCUAUUAUCUGACCUGUCUGCAGGAGUUACUGGAGGACGGGGGAAAGAAUACAGGGGCUGAGAAGAAAAUAAUGAAUGCUGCUAGCAAGCUGGCAGCCAUGGCUAAAGUACUGGAGACGCCUGUCAGAAUUAAAUCUUCAAAGAACUACAGCUUACAAAGUGAGUGCUGUCGAGUAGAAACUGCUUGAUUGACACCUCACACCCAGACUUUGAGCAUUCAGCAUGCAAAGCUCAGCACACACCGGGAGCCCACGCCUGGCUCCGAGGGCGAGGAGCAGCGGGGGGGCCGUCCCCGGCCUCAGUUCUCUGAGCUGAGACAACGGCAGCAGGACAGCGGCUUCGACAGUCCGUUCUACCAGCAGAAAUGACAAAGUGAGGGCAGGUAUGAAGUGAAGUAGGCAGAUAAACUUUGAACUGAGUUCUAACAAUUUCAGUAAACUUACAUUAACGUGC